CUGUCCUCCAUCAGCACCGUCUGUGAUGCUGCAAGGCGUGCUGCAGCGCACUGGAGCCCCAUGUGAUACUGACGGGAGGUGGAGGAGGAGGAGGAGGUGGGGGUGUCCUCAAAGAGUUCGCUGGUCCUCUUACUUCACAUCACUCCAGAUCCAGGCUAUCUCGGGGCGGAGCUGCACUGUAGAGAGAUCAUCGUCAUUUUGGACGCUUUGGAUACUUAACAGUCGUGCCAUCUUGGAGGUGUUUUUGUUUUGAGAUUGAAGUCCACCUUUGUGAUUGUUCGCCAUGGGAGCAGAGAGCUCAGUGCAGCGGGACCCGAAGAGCCAGGAGGAGGAUGCCUCAGCUUCAGCUUCAGCCUCUGCGGAGGUGAACAACGUGCUCCAGGAGGAAAGCAGCGUCCUCGACAGCAAGCCUUUGGAGAAAAAUGGACAGAUCUCCAGCCUGACCAGUCUGAAUGGACACUCGGAGGACGACACGCUAGCAGAAGUUGGCCAGCCAGAUGGUGUGGCUCAAAAGGAGGAGGCUCCUGAGACCAUGGACACCAUCCAGGGUGAAGUGGCUCCUCAAGUGAACGGCGAGAAAGUGGAGAAAGAGUCGCCUGAUGCCAACGACAUCUCCGCUGUUGAGGAGAAAGCAGCUGAGGAGAAACCCGAUGAAGCCAGCGAAGUGGGCUUCAAGAAGAUCUUCCGCUUUGUGGGCUUUAAGUUCACGCUGAAGAAGGACAAAAGUGAGGAGAAAGACCCUGUGAAGCUGCUGACAGUCAAAGAUAAAGAAGGAGAGGAGGUUAGUGGGACUGAUGAGCCUACAAAGGAGGAAGAGGCUGCCACUGCUGAGGAGAAUGGCACAACUGAAGAAAAGGAGGCGGAUACAGAGGCGUCUACUCCUGAGGCUGAAGUCAUUAAAGAUGAAGCUGAAAUCACCGAUGCUCCUGCUGAAGGCACUGCUGCUGAAACUACUGAUGAAGCAGUUAAGGAUGAAGGAGCUGAGAAGGAAGAAACAACUCUGUCCCCCUUCAGGAAGCUCUUCAGUGGAGGACUCUUCUCUAACCUGAGAAAGAAAGCCAGCAUCAAGAAGCCAAAAGAGGAGGAAGACAAGGAGGCAGCUGUUGAGGAGGAGGCAGCCAAGACAGAAGAAACUGCUGCUGUGGAGGAAAAGGAAGAGAAGGAUGAGGUGGAGCAAGAAACUAAAGAGGAGGCACCAGCAACUCCAGAGGAAGUGAAAUCAGAGACUGCCCCAGAGCCAGAGGUCACUGUUGAACCCUCAGAUGCUACUGAUGAGACCAAACCAGAGGAGGAAAAGGCUGAACCUAGUGCUGAAGAGGAGAAGGCUCCAGCAGAGGUGACGUCUGAGGCUGAGCUGCUGUCAUCACAGGAGAAGGCUAAACCCCAGGGAAGCCCCCUGAAGAAGCUCUUCACUGGAGCUGGCUUGAAGAAGCUCUCAACUAAGAAACAGAAGAACAAGAAAGACGCUGAGGCGAAGGCUGCUGAGGCGAAGGCUGCUGAGGCGAAGGCCGCUGAGGCGAAGACCGCCGAGGCAAAUACCGCCGAGGCAAAUACCGCCGAGGCAAAGACCGCCGAGUCUGGGGAGCAGGCAGCUGAGCAGCUUCAAUCCUCCACCGAGUCAGCAGAGGCUCCAAAAGCCGACAGCGGGCCCUCAUCUCCCGAGGAGUCAGGAGAGCACGUCAUUGCUGUGGAGGUGACCCAGAAUGAGUCCAGCCAAGAGACAGAUGGUGAAGUUGCCUCUGAUGGAGAGAAGAAAAAAGAGGGCAUCAUUGCCUGGUCCUCCUUCAAGAAACUAGUAACACCCAAGAGGCGCGUAAAAAGGUCAUCUGAGAGCGAAGAUGAAGCCACAGCUGAGAAACAAGCAAAGUCAGCCACGCUGUCCUCUUCUGAGAGCGCCCCGUUAGCAGAUAAGAGUGUUGAGGAGGAGGCUAAGGAGGAUAAGCCAACUGAGGAAGAGCCAAAGACUGAAAACACUGAGAAACUGGUCAGCAGCACUGAGGAGCCCAAGAAGAAAAUGGACACCUCUGUCUCCUGGGAGGCUCUGAUGUGUAUGGGUGGACCCAAAAAGAGGACUAGGAAGACCUCUGAUUCUGACGAUGAGGAGACCAAGGUUGAAGAGGAAUCAGUAGCAGCAGUGGUAGAAGGGGAGCAGGAGGAAAAAACUGAGGCUGCCCUUGUCACUUCCCAAAACACAGAGAGUGAUGGAGAAGUUGUUUCUUCCCCUGAACCCGCUGAGAGAGAGUCCACCUGGGACACACUGAAACGCAUGGUUAUGCCGAAGAAUAAGGCCAAAGCCGAGGAGAAGCCUGAGGAGAUGGCAGAACAAGUCCAGUCAGACGGUGAAGCACCAAAAGACGAGUCGUCGUUCUCUUUGAGGAAGCUCUUCCCUGGACGCAGAAAGAAGAAGGCUGACAAACAAGCCUCUACUGAGCAGAGCGAGGACGACUCUGACACCCCAGCUGUGGUUCCUCUCUCAGAGUAUGAAGACCGGGUUGAAGCUGUUGAAGCUGUUGCAGCUGUUGAAGCUGAACAGGAAGCACCAGCAGAACCUGCUGAAGCCCAGGUUAAAGUAUCCGCUGAAGAUAGAUCCCCUUCAUGGAUCCCAGCCACUGUCGAGGACGGCGAUGAUAAACCUGAUCAGCUGAGUGACAUCCCAGAGGAGGCUGAGAACGCUGCCACGCCAAAGUCUGUUGACACCGACAUCGCAGAAGAUGAGGACAAGGAUAUUCUGUUGACUAGAGCUCCUGGACAUACGGGGCGCAGACUGUCCACGGCUGAGGUGAUGCCUGUCGCUCAAGCUCCAUCUGCAGAAACCACUCCUGUUCCUCAGGGGCCUAAGCCGGAGAGCGCAGAGGAGGUGAUGGAGAGCAUAGAGGCCCAAAUCAGUGCAAUUCCACCCCAGACAGAUGUGGCUGUUGAAGCUGUACCAGUAGAGGUACUUUCUGAGAAAACAGAGUAUGAACCACCAACUGAGCAGGCAGAGUCCAAGACAAAUUCCAUCCUGGAGCCACACGCUCGUGAGGAGGCCAUGGCUAUCUGCACUGGCCUGGGAACCAAGGAGAUUGCCAAAGUAGCUCUGGAGAAACCCGCGAUGCCCAUCAUAGAGAGCAUGGCUGUGAUCCGUGACGGUGUAAGCACAGAGGUGUCGGUGGAAGAUAAGCCAGCAAAUGCAGAGGAAGCCAUUGCCGCAGAAAAUGAAGUGCUCAUGUCCCAAGUGCACCAAGUAGAAACCAUGGAGCUUGAGCCUGUCGUUGAAAGUUCACAAAGCGACUUGUCAAACGUUCAAGCAGCCAGUGAGGGCCACGAACCUGCAAUUGAGAAUGUUGGACUUGUCAGCGCUGUUCUGGAGGAGUCCGAAAUCAUUCAGUCUACCACCAUGAGCGAGAACUCUGUCAGGACAGUUGAUCCCAUUGCGCCAACGUCCGAAACAGCUGUUUGCACCCAGAGCGUAGAAGUCACCGAGCUAAUUGUAGAGACCAAGGAAGUUAAGAUGGAUUUGGAGCAGCUUGCUGCCACUGAAGAAAAUACUAUAAAGGAGGUAGCUCAGUAUGCAACUGCAGAGAUAGCCUCCACCAUAAGUGCAACCACAAAGACCACCAUCACAGAGGAGACCGAGCCAACCAUCCCUGUAGUUGAACCAACCGAGGGGGUUUUUAUCGCCCAAGCAGUGGUCCUUGUGGCCCCAGCGGCUCCGGUGACCAUGGAAAAUGCAUCAGAGCCAGUCGGCGAUGAAUCAAUUGAGGUGCAGGAAACCAAGGAGGAGGUUGCAGUUGAAGAGACUGUGGAGGCUACUACCGCUCAAACAGCAGAGUCGGAGAUCAGUGAAGUGACAGAGGAGAUCAGCGAGAAGACGGAGGAAGUCAAGGAAGACGUCCAGCCGACCAGUGAAGUGACUAAGGAGACCAGCGAGAAGACAGAGGAAGUCAAGGAAGACGUCCAGCCGACCAGUGAAGUGACUGAGGAGACCAGCGAGAAGACAGAGGAAGUCAAGGAAGACGUCCAGCCGACCAGUGAAGUGACUGAGGAGACCAGCGAGAAGACAGAGGAAGUCAAGGAAGACGUCCAGCAGACUAGUGAAGUGACUGAGGAGACUAGCGAGAAGACAGAGGAAAUCAAGGAAGACGUCCAGCCGACCAGUGAAAUUGAGGCUCAGAGCAUGGUCAUUGCUCAAGCUGUCAUUCAGGAAGCCAUGGAUAAAGUUUCAGAAGACGUGCCUGAAUCCAAAACGCCCACCGACCCAACACCAGUCCAGGCUGAAGCAACAACAGAGAACGAGAUCACAACAGAGACCCCUGUUAUCUUCGACACCCCCGUUGCAGUCGUCUGCGAAAAACCAGCACCAAAGUCACCUCAGGUGCUCCAUGUCGCCAUAGAGGUCACUGAAACAAUCCCAGUAGAGGUUACAAAGAGCCUCGAUGCCUCUGUAGAGGAGGUGGAGGAGAAAAAACCAGAAGAAGGGCUGAAGAAAGCUGUGGAGGUAAACGUAAGUGAAGAAACUGUCGUAGUGGAAGAAGUGGUGGAGAUAAAGGCAGAGAGUGGGAGAUGUGAGGAGCAGGUCAAGGAGGAGCAGAGCAAAGAAGUUGCAGAGGUUCAGGAAGCAGAUGUAAAAGAAGAAGCAGCUGAGGAAGUGGAACCAGAACCAGAGGAAGCAAAGUCAGAGCAGAACAAAGAGAAAGUGCUUGAGGUUCACAUGCCAGUCCAAGUGGUCCUGCAGACGGCGCAGGUGUUUGAGGAACCGUCGGUGGAAGAAGAGGCCGCGGUAGAGUUUGACAGCAACGGCCCCGUGACUGAAGACGCAGGCGUAAAAGCUAAGAGCGCCGCAAGUGAAAGCAAACUCCCAACGCUGUCCGAAGAACCCCAAGCGACGGCUUCAGCAGAGGUUCCCGCUUCCAGCCAAGUCACAGAGCCAGAGACGCAAGAAACACCGUCGGGAAAGUGUGCGGAAGUGAUGGCGCAGGUGAUCGAGGUGAUCGAGGAGGCCGUGAAGGAGAUCGAGCCUGUGUCCACAGAGAUCACAGCAGCAUCAUGAGCAGCUGAAGACACAAGACUGAUGCCUGGGAGACACACUGUCUGGACCAGGAUGUGAGUGAUGAGGGAGGGAGAGAGAGAGAGAGAGAGAGAGAGAGAGAGAGAGAGAGAGAGAGAGUUAAAGAGAGAGAGAGAGAGAGAGGCUGCUCUGUGGUAACACACUGAGACUGGGCUCCGCCCAUCCCGCCCAGAGAGAUUGAGUGACUGAGCAACAGCUCCGCCAUUCUCUCCACCUCCCCUUCCACCUGUACUCCCCACCCCAUCCCGCAGCCCUGUCACCACGGCGUGACGUCCCACCGCCACGUCCUCACCCACUCACUCACUCUCAUGCACACACACACUAAAGCAUGUCCUGUGCCUCAAGAAGCAUCCCAUCUGGCUUGUAAUCAGUGUGCUCAGUGUCUCGGUGACUUUCCAUUGCCCUUGCUGCAUAAGACGAGAGUCUGCAACCUGGUCGAGUGCGUAUCUGUUUCGUAUGUGUGUGUGAUUGUAUGUGUACAGUAGGGAGAGUGAGAUGGUGUCAGAAGGUGGAGAGAUGGAGGAUUAUUAUCUUGUAUAUUGUAUUUAUAUCUUGAGUAUUCUUUCAUUCAGUCUUUAUUUUUUUCCAUUUUUUUUGUUUGUUGUUUUUAAAAAUUCCCACAUUAAGCUGUGAUACAUCAGGUGUUUUCUUUUGAGCAACAUUACGACGGUAGAUUUACCAGCUGAUGCAGAGAAACAUCUAAAAAAUUUCUUGUAAAAUUCACCAGAACAAAUGUGAGACUGUUGCACAUAAGUGGCCGGUGUAUCGCAGCUUUUUAAUAGUCACAUUCAAUGAAGACUCUGUAGCAAUUAUAACUAAACCAUGGUACAAGUGUGAUUCCACUGACAGUAAGUGAUAACACUGACUGAAGAAGAGGGCACAGACAGUAUGAUGAGAAUGAUGCUUUUGUCACAAUGUGCUCUCACCCCGCAACCCAACAAAAUACCUAAUAAGCUCCAUGUAGAUAAGACAAACAAUCACUGCCUGACUCACUGUGAAAAAGACAUUGUUACACAUUGUUCCAUGUAAUUAUACAAUAAAAUACUAGUAUAACACCAUCGGACCAUUUUCUGUUGAGAAGUGCAUGUAAGAAAAGACUUACAAAGCAUAUCGCAGUUUAACGGCCAUGUUUCUGAGUUACUGUGACAUACUGUAUCCGUUAUGUGUGUGUAGCAACACUAUAUUUAUAUUUCUUAAUGAAAAGACAGUAUGUUGAUGCCCUCUGCUGCCUACAAAAAGUAGUGCACCCUUUAGUCUUCAGUCAUUGGUGUCAUUUUGGCUUCAUAUGUUUUAACAAAGGUGAUAAAAAAGUGUGAAAAUGUUCCAGUCUUAUGGUACCUGCUCCUAUAUGUCGUGUUCUUCACUCAGCAUGAUGGCUCAGGUUCAUUAAACUGGCACUGGUUGGGGAUUUAGAGAGGCACAGACACCCGACUGCAUGGUGCCAGAAGUGGAAAAUAAAACUAAUUUUACUCAAAGCCAAAUUGAGUUAGGAUCAAUCAGGGAGUCAUGGUAUUUCCAUUGCUCACGGGAUGAGACCUCACUUGCAUCCAAUUGAACUCCUAAAGCAUCCACUCAGCUACUUUGAGUCACGCAUCAAACCUAAGUCACAAGGGCUUAUUUUUGCAAGUUCACUGGUAAAAGUCGGGGAUGUUUUAGUGUGGAGGAGGAAUAUCUGAAACAUUCCUGGGGUCCAGUUUUGCCACCAAAGCAAACGUGUGACCGCGGGUUACACUGCUAUGUGUUUUAUGUCCUACCAAAUUUGGCAAACUUGCACUAGUGUGUGAAUCAUUCAGACGUGAUGAGAAUUAGCUGUGAGUGCUUCUAUAAUUUGUUGAUUUUAAUUUGACACCGGCCGCUCUAUAGAGGCUCACAUUUCACUCAGCUUCAUGACCAAACGAGAGAAAGAUCAGGAAGUACGGACCCCCCGUUAGGUCACCACUUCCCCUUUACUUUGACUCUAGAGGGUGAGUCACAUCCAUCAAUGCUUUAUGUAUAAAUAUAAAUGAUUAAAAAAAAAAGACAGUGAGCUAAAGACUUUUGCUAUUGUUGCAUAAUGUGAAGCAUUUAGUGGCCCACUACUUCAGCCUGCUUUUUGUAACACUCUUAACUGUGAACCUGUUAACAUUUGUACAGAUUGUAUACCUACUGUAUGUACUUAAAAAAUCAUAUUGUUGUAAUAUUAACUCAUAACCUGCAGCCAUUUAGCAUAAUAUUCAUGUAGCAUGGUCUUUUAUAUUUUCCAAGCUGUUAAUAGUAAGGAUAGAGAAACUUGUCUAUAUUUCAUUCAAUAAAGGUAGAGAAAAUCGGUG